AGUACCAGGCAUGCAUUGACAUCGACGCUGUACUAAAAAGAUCGAGCCCCUCAGACUACCUACAAACAUGUUUUUAGUUUGCUAAAUGCAUAUAUUUUGCAAGGAAAAACAUCUACUCUACAGAUAGCCAUUCAGAUUUUAUUUGUAACGUGAGCCAUUUUAAUCGGGAUCACACAGACAGCCUUGUGAUCUGGCAACCAUCUCUGGAACGAACUAUUGGCCGCUAGUACAGACAGGCACAGCAGGUCACAGCUACAACGGCCUGAGAUGGACCCACAGGAGGGAGGCCGGGGAGGGUCGUACUCCACCGCCACUCCUGUUACUGCUCCUCUCCAGCCUGUGCUAUGUUCCGUACCUGGAGAUCUGUCUCAGGAGUGGCACUACCUGAGAACACAGGUGUUCCCCCACCUGGAUGCCCUCUGCCAGGCCAGAGGCACCUGCUUCAGACCAUUGGACACCCAGUGGGUUGACCGGGAGAGCCAUCGUCCCUCUGACCUCCCUGACAAUAGUACCUCCAUCUCCUCCCAGCAGUUGAAGAUCAGCCUAGACCUUAUCACCCGCUCCUCCUCCUUCCUCUGCCUCCUGGGCCACCGAUACGGCCCCUUUAGGCCGGAGCAGGACCCCACACCUCUCCCAGCUGCCGGUCCAGAACGAGAAGCCCUCUCUGUGGUGGAGAGGAACCUGCAUGUUGCAGCGGAUGGAGGCUACCCCUGGGUCCUCACAGGGAGGAACCAGAAGUGCUCUCUGACAGAGCUGCAGAUCACCCAGGCAGCCCUGAUGGGUGACACCAGACACUGCUUCUUCUACUUCAGAGACUACUCUUUCCAUGGGGAAGAGGAGGAUGAAGACAGGUACACAGAUGAAAGUCAGAGGUCGUUGCUGAGCGUGUUCUCCAAACUGACAGAGGAGGAGAGACACAGAGCCAGGGAGCUGAAGAACAGGGUAGUGUACAGCCUACAACCUGUAAGGUUCUUCAGAACGCUGCAGGAUCUGGGGGACCUAGUGAAGAGGGACUGGAGGAGCCUCAUGGAACAGCUCUAUGGGUCCCUGGACCUGCAGCCAACCUGUUCAGGCCACCUGGACUCCCUUGAUAGAUGUUAUCAUGAAGGUGCUGUCCAGGCUCUGUGUCGCUGGUUUGCCCCCUCCACCCAGAUCACUGCUGUCCUGGAGGCACUCAACACAUUUACUGCCUCUCUCACUCAUUCUGACACGUCUCAGAGUCUAGCAACCUCAAGGAAUUCAACCAUUAGGUUAACAGGCAACUAUGAUAAGCGUGAUUCCGAGGGGUCUAUUUUCCUGCUCUGUGGUGAGAGGGGUUGUGGGAAGUCCUCACUGGCCGCCUGGUGGCUUCAGGAGUUCCGGAAGAAGAAUCCUAGAAUCCCGGCCAUCCCUCACUUCUGUGGAAUCAGCAGCUCCAGUGUGGAUAUCAGAUCUGUACUGAGACAUAUCACCACUGAGCUACACCUGGCCCAUUAUGGGCCCCAGGCUGAGUGGAGUGAGGGGUUGCAGCACCAUGUAAAGCCUGAUCAUGUUGUGGUACAGGCCUUCUCUGCUGCGGCUGCUCUGGGACCCUGUGUUCUAGUUCUGGACGGACUAGACAGACUUACCGGGACCCUCGGGCUCUCAAUGCAGGAGGUGAAGGACCUAUGCUGGCUCCCGGACCCUCUGCCUCCCCAGUGUAAGAUCCUCAUCACAGCGACCUCCACAGACGUCACCUACCAGAGGCUGACCCUCCGCCCAGACGUUCACACCCUCCCCUGGCCCGGCCUAUCAGACCCCUGGGUCCGCCGCAGCGUCCUGCUCCAACACCUUACCCUGCCCUGCCAGGAACCGCACAGGACCCUACUGCAAUUCAUCUUGGGAACCACUACAAGGCUGGGAAUGGGCCGCCUGCCGCUGUUCCUGGCGGUGGUGGCUAGCGAGCUGCAGACGUGCCGCAUCCUGAGGGGAAAGGAGGAGGAGGAGGAGUUGAUAGAGGAGUAUGUGGAAGUGGAUUCUAUGGCGGAGCUGUGGGCCAGGGUGAUUCAGCGCUGGAUCAAUGACUAUGGCGGGGUCAGUGAGGAUACGGCCAGUCCAGCCAAAGGAACAGGAGGACCUACCUCUCAGGUGUCCAACAUAGAUCUCAGAGGCUGGGUAUGGGACACUCUAUGCCUGGUUCACCUCUCCCAUGCUGGGCUGACUGAGGAGCAGGUCCUAGUCCUGCUGGAGGUUCUUGGUUAUCCUGGGUCCAUACGGGUUCUACCUCUGGAGUGGGCCCGGUUCCGCACUGCUGCUGGGCCCUGGGUACAGGAGAGACCCAAUGGAACACUGAGCCUUACCCAUCAAUCAAUGGGCCAAGCCAUGGACCUCCUCCUGCUGAGGGUCCGUCCCGGUAAAGGUUCAGGGGGCUUGAGGAGGACCAGACGGGGCUACCAUCUCAGCCUGGCCCAGUUCUUCCAGAGGCAGGGCAGGGAGCUCUGUAGCUGGCCUCAGAUCCUGGAGGAGCUCCCCUGGCACCUGGAGCAGAGUGAGGCCUGGAGGGAGCUACACACCUUCUUCAUAGAUUCACAGACUGUAGAGCACCUGUCUACAACUUGGAGCCAGUCUCCUCAGCUGAGAAUGGAUGUUGUCAGGUACUGGACUCUCCUGAUCCUCAGAGGUUAUGACCCCUACACCUCGUACCAGAGCCUGCUGGGUAAGGGAAGCCACCCUCCUACUUUUAUCCAAUCAGGGCGAUGGGCAUUCCCUCCUGCUACACAUACAGAGCAGAGAGAGGUACACAGCAACAUGGCCUUCGUGACUGAGUCCCAAAGUGACGGCAAAGAAGAUGGUUGUCAGUGGGAUCCAGGUGUGAAAGGGAGAGUGGAGAUGUUGGUCUCUGAGUUGCUGCUCUGUCUGAACAGGAAGGGGGAAGCAGAGCAGAUCCUACUGCAAGCUGAGAACACCCUCACACAGGCUGGUGAGCAGGACAGAAACAGGGAGAGUGUGAUGUUACUGCUGACAGUGCGUCAGACUUUGGCUGAGCUCUAUGUGGAGACGGACCAGCACAGAGAGGCAGAGACAUACUGUAGAUCAGCUCUGGAGACCGCCCAGAUUCUCACCACUACCUGCCUUGAGAGACAUGAGAGAAUCACUGUUAGAAAGGGUCAGUUGCUUUGUGUACUCUGCCAGCUGCUGUUUGCAGACCUCCAAACCGUCGAGGCCUCUCAGAUACUCAGUGACAUCAUCAAUAUGGGACACCACAAACUCCACCUGUGUGCUGAGGCCACUGUAUCACUGCUCUGUGGGAUACACAGACUCAGCCUGCAAGACCCACAUGGUGCUGAGAAGCACUUCCAGGUUGCCUUGAAGACCAGGAGGCGCUGGUAUGGUAAAGAACACCCUCUAGUGGUGGAGGUGGAGGAGUGCCUGGCAGACGUCUUGGCCGACACCUGCGCUGACACAGCAGGGUUGAGGCAGAGGCUAGCAGUGGAGCUGUAUCGACACACGGUGCACGUCAAAGACCAGGACAUGAAGCUUUGUUCCCCCACAUCGCCACUUCUUCAGGCGAAGGGAUGCAGCCUCGCAGGCACCUUGGUCAAACUUGGCAGGCAGAUAUUUCAUGGCUCCGGUAAGACAGAGAGUAGAGAGGCUGUUGAACUGCUGCAGAGAGCUCUGGACCUGUACAUCUGCUUCCUGGGGUCUGAUCACACACUGACCAGGGACUUACAACAGGUUUUAAACACAGAAUCCAGGAGACCUCUGACCCCUCGGGUCCCCAGGUCCAGACCCCUCUCCCACCUCUCCACUAGGAGACUAAGCAGUGGGACCAGACCCAACAGAGCCGCACCCCUCCACUCCCACCUGGCCUGGUACAGGGGCACCACACACACCCUUCUGGACCCCUCUGUAAACAGAUCCCUGUCAUCCCCAUCCAACAAGUCCCGCAAUACACAGCCAGAAUUGAAACCAGAACCAGUGGAGUACCAGAACCUCAACAACAGACAGAACCGGCUGUCUUCUUCUCCCAGGCCCCGGUCUGCCUUCCAGACCACAGUGUUCGGGCCACAGAGUGACAUCAGAAACCUGAUCUCAGAACUCAAACCCAGUCCUGCUUCAGCACCGGGCUUUCGUUCCAUAGACAGGACCCGAGUGCUGCGUAGGGCAGGCUGGUGCCACCUACCAGGCAGGUACGUUCUAGAGGAACGCACAGUAACAGCUUUGAACAGAGAGAUUGGAUUCCCUUUGCACACACAGAGAUGCACACUGCUGGUCAGACAGACGGGACAGGGACAGGGACAGGGACAGGGACAGGGACAGGGACAGGGAGGAGAACAGAGCUGGAGAGACAGAGUGUCUUAUUCCGCCAGAAAGCACUAGAGAGAAGAGAAAGAUCUAGAGAAGACUGCUCUCAUGGUGACCACUGAACUGUUUGAGUGUUUAAUCUUUUACCACUUUUGAUACCAAUCAGCUGUUUUCUUUUCAAUAUUGACAUUUUUCAAAAUACAUUUUUUUCCAUAUAAAUUCAAAUAUUAUUUUUGCAUGUUUAAAUGGAGUGAAAUAGCCCCUAUUUUGUACAAAAAAUAAAUUAUUUGACUUCACUUCAUGUUGUCAAAUGAAUCGAUCCUUUUUUGUUUUCUGUAAGGUUGCAUCUAAAUAUUGAUCAACUGUUUUGUAAGAUGGUUUAGCUCCUCAUCCUGUUGCGCAACAACAUUGACCUUUUCUCUCAGAAGGCAGUACGUAUAGUAUUUCUAGGACCCAAAAGUGGGUGAUGUAAUCAAUCAUUGUAAGCACUAGUAAACGAUGUGAGUGAAAGCAUUAAUUGAGCAACAUGUUACAGAUGCUGUGAAGUAGGACUACGCCGGUUUGGACCUUAUCAUGUAAUGUAGAGUUUGGGUCAUGAGUUCAAAGGUGUGUGUUUGUGUAUAAUUGAGUGUAUGUGUGUGUCACCUUUAAUAAGGGAGGACGGGCUCGUGGUAGUGGCUGAAGCUGAAUUAGUGGAAUGGUAUCAAAUAAAUCAAUACGAUCGGAAUGGUUCAUGCUGCGGACAGGCAGCGGGGUAACUGACCAAUAGGAACCCGACAGGUGUUGUGCAGAAAAUCUCCCCCCUGACGGAAUUCUCCCCCCCUUCGGGUGAACACGCACACACUCAAUUCUUCAUUGCUGCGACUUGCUUGCUAGUUGAAAUUUCACUAGUAAUGUCUGCAGUUUUCGGUUUGCCUAUUUGUUUCAAGUGUAUUAGUCAAGAAAUAAA